AACAAAAAAGUCAUGUUAUAUGCAAACUAUAAUGAAAUAUAUAAAUAUAUAUAUAUAUUCGUACCACAAAACAUAAAUAUGGUCAAUAAUAAAUAUGCAACUUGUGAGUAAUUUUACCGUUAGCGGGCCGACAACGGCCCGAUGUGGGGUAAAUGUUUUCGUUCAAAAACGAUAAUCUCGUUCGGUUCCAAGCAAUUCUCUGCAGGAUUCUGGGAAUUGGCAUAACCUUCUGGCGGCAAGUUAAUUCAGGCGGUUGAACAAAAUAAUUUUGUUUUGGAGAUUUUCGCUCAGUAAAAGUUAGUAUUUGUUGAUAAAACUAUAUAAGUAACUUAAUUUGUGCAAGCACAUGCAUGUAGACUUGAAGAUCAUGUCAAAAUACGUGGUCUUUGAAUUUGCCACAAAUGAAGUUGCUAUUGUGUCGGAAAAUUGGCUAACAGAUGAAUCCGAUGGAAACAAGAAGGUGCUCUGGCCCCCAAUGAAAUUGUCUGCAAAACUUAAUAUGGCUGUUAAACAACACGCAGAGCCUGAAGAUACGUGGGUUUCAUGUGCUAUCCGCCGGUUGAUGUAUCAAACAGAUUCCUUUGAAAAAGCCCAGCAGAAGGCUAAAGAGGCUGAAGAGGAGUCGGAUCUACAAACAGAUGCAGAUGUAAGGCAGUCAUCAGUUUCUCAAAAAAGAAAACACAGGCCAAAUCCACGCUUCCUGGACUCGGACACAGAAGAUGAAGAGUCUCAAACGAGGGAUACAUGUACAAAGAGGCAGUUGGUAACACUAACAACCACCAAAGACUCGGACACCGUCAUGCCAUCUCCUCCCCCCAAAAUCUCCAUACCAGCAGGAACGAAAUGUGAUUCCCCUAUGUUGCUGGGGUCAAAAUCCGGGAUGUCAACACCAAAACAAAGUAAACGGCCAGGUCAAGAUGCAACCCCUUUGUUGCCCACAUCAAGCCCUCAACAGUCUGCCCACAUUUCUUCUGACAGACCACAGCCGAUAGUUACAGGAAGGGAUAUAUCUAUCCUGCGCUCCUUAGAGGAAAUCAAACAGGAUCAGCGGGAGAUUAAGGCAAUGUUGGCCACAUUGAUCCAGCAAAUGCAUGGACAUGUAGGGGGCCAAGAACUUCCUGAAGGAAUCGUCCUUCCAGUGAAAAGAUUGGAAGAUGUUGAGGGCAUAGAACAAAGGCUAUGUGAUAAAGCCACAUUUCGGAUGUUGGUUGACUAUUUAUCCAAUGUUGGGGGGUCCUGUGUGAAACUCAUGACCAAGCGGCUAAUUGCGGGGGUUCUUGACAACCAGUUUGCCAAAGGUUUCAACUGGACCGGGCGUGGAAAGAUGUCUUUUCAGGCGCUGAAGCUGUGUUUGGCCAUUCUCCAAGCUGUCAAGCGAGUUUUUCCAAACACAACUACCAGUGAGACUGAGUUCUUCAUAAAAGAAUGGCUGAGAAAUGCAAGUGAUCGUGAGGGAGGGCGCAAAACCCGCACCAAGCCAUCUACGAUGGCAUCAGCCAUGGCUGAAGAAGAUUCGGAUCAUUAGAUCGGGGCUCGAAUCAUUCUACGUCAUUUUAUGGAUUAAACGGUUACUGCUGUGACCACCCGGCAAUCCGGACUGUUAUAAGCUUUUUAUACUUUAUUUAAUAAGUUAUCUAAAGGCAUUUACAAUAAAUAGCUUCUUUGCAAAAUGUAAUGGAAUUAACAGAAACUAGGUAUACCUUUGGCAGUGGCAGAGUUAGCCCUGCCCUUUAAGACUCUUUAUAGUUCCAAAUGCAUAGUUUAGAUUUGAUUGUAGAUAAAAAGUGCAUUGUUUUACUAAUUGUGUAUAUGAACUUCAAUUGAUUGCCCUUAAUUCCUGUUUCAUGCAUGUUGUGUGUUAUACUUACAUACAGACGCUUUAUGUUAUAUAUGGUUUUCCAUAUUCCGAUGACAUCAUUUCUUCUGUUUUUCAAUAGUCCUGUGACAUCAUUUAUUCUGUUUUGUCCAUAUACCGAUGACAUAAUCAAUGUGUUUUUUGACUUGUCUGAUAACUUGUUUUCAAAGCAAAAUGCUUUAUUAUUAUAUCAUAUUCAAGAACAUUUAGUAUUGGUUGGAAUCCAACAACAUUAAGUAUUGCAAGAACAUUUAGUAUUGGUUGGAAUCCAACAACAUUAAGUAUUGGUUGGAUUCAGUUUUCAAAAUUCUUUGAUUAAUCAUGCAGAGACAAACGUGCCUGAUAAAUUAAUUAUAGCAUGACGCAAUACGUGUAUUUUAAGUAUUAAGUAUAUGUAUUUAAUGCUUUCAUAUUUUCCACUUUGGUUGUGUUUUUAUUAUUUACUUUACGAGUUCAAACAAAAAUUAUAAUAUAAUUUCCAGUGACUAUAUAAUGCGAAUUUACAUUUAUUCAUGUGUUAGUAUGUAAAGGUUGUUUUUUUCAAACACGACACCAUCUGGACAUUGUAAUGAUUUGUCGGUUAAAUGUGUAAUGUAAAUGACAUCGUACUUUGUUAUCUCAGUACUAAAAAUUAACCUUCUUAAAAUGGUGUGCAACCUCUCACGGAAACACAUUUUAGUAUAUUAAUAAAAGUAUGUUGACAAUAUUUUACCUUUUGAAUGUAUGUUACAAUAUAUGAUACAAUUAAUAGGUGUAAUUUUGUAUACCCCCUUUCGAAGAAAAGGGGUAUAUAGUUUUCGCACUGUCCGUCGGUCAGUCAGUCGGUCGGUCGGUCAGUCUGUCACACUUUUCGUGUCCGCUCUCUAAUUCAAAAAGUUUUCAUUCGAUCUUUACCAAACUUGGUCAGAAGUUGUAUCUAGACAAUAUCUAGGUCGAGUUCGAAUAUGGGUCAUGCUUGGUCAAAAACUAGGUCACGGGGUCACUGAGUGCAUUUUAAGGAUUUAGCAUUGUGUCAGCUCUCUUAUUGAAGUAGUUUUCAUCCGAUCUUCACCAAAUUUGGUCAGAAGUUGUGUCUAAAUGAUUUCUAGGUCAUGUUAAAAUAUGGGUCAUGUCAGGUCAAAAACUAUGUCAUGGGGUGCUGGGUCAAAAACUAGGUCACGUAGUCACUUAGUGCAUUUUAAGGAUUUAGCAUGGUGUUAGCUCUCUUAUUUUAAAGCAUGUUAGAUGAGCCUUUUUAUGCCGCCUUGAAAAAAAAGGGGGUAUAUUGUUUUUGGCCUGUCUGUCUGUUUGUCUGUCUGUCCAAAACUUUACCCAAUGUUAAAGUUUUUUCAUAACUUUUGCAAUGUUGAAGAUGGCAACUUCAUAUUUGGCAUGCAUGUGUAUCUCAUGGAGCUGCACAUUUUGAUUGGUGAAAGGUCAAGGUCAUUCUUCAAGGUCAAAGGUCAAAAAAAAAAAAGCGGCGCAUAAGGGGGUAUUGUGUUUCUGACAAACACAUCUCUUGUUCAUAAUUCCUUGAUAUAAUGCAUAUACAAUCAUGAAAAUAAUUUAUUUCAGAUAGCAAAUAAAAUUACCAUUCCAUUGCAUGUACCAGCAUAUGUAUGUACACACUGUAUACUAUAUUUAGUAAUUUUGAACUUUCAACUAUACCUAUAUUUUUGACGAGGAAGGUAAACAACAUGAUUAUAAAAAGUAUACGCAAA